AUGAGUGUCGAUGCUAGACGUCAAUUGGUUACCGAGUUUAAUUUAUGUUCAAAUUGUUUACGAUCGGGCCAUAAUUCAAACAAUUGUUUAUCAAAGGUAAAUUGCUUCAUUUGUGCCUCUCGACAUAAUACGUUUUUACAUGUGGACGCAUCGUCAUGCGCCCCGACUACUAGUAGUACAUUGUUACAAAUUGACAACCCUGCUCCGAACUUGUCUAUGAGUGACAACAAAAGGGACAAGCCGAUUCAAGUCAAUGAUUCAAAUAUUGCUUUAACGAGUGCGGCGUUUCUAACGAGUGGGGUACAGUCAACAAAAAUUUUAGGUUCUGCAACAAUUCGAGUUCGUGACUCCUAUGGCUAUUUGCAUUAUGUAUGUGCACUCAUCGAUAGCGGUAGUAUGGAUUCAUUUAUAACUAGUUCCUGUGCUCAUAGGCUUGGAUUGCCUAUGCGUAGGUGUAAUAUGUCGGUAACUGGACUAGGCCAAAAUUCUGUACAAAAUAUAAAGGGCGUUACAUGCGGUUCCAUUAUACCUAAGUAUAGUAGUGAACCACAAUUUGAAUUGCCUUUAGUCGUUAUUAAAAAAAUUACAUCAAAUAUUCCUAUUGUUCCAUUACCAUCAGGCGUUCGAGAAAAAUUUAGUCAUUUAUGUUUAGCUAAUGAGAAUUUUGACAAACCAUGUAAAAUAGAUAUUCUGUUGGGUGUAGAAUGUUUCGAUCGUAUCUACGACGGAGGUCGUUAUACUCCAGGUCCUGAGUACCCGUGUGCGUUAUCAAGCGUGUUUGGAUGGGUCAUCACUGGUCAAUUACAACAUAGUGAGGUGCUGUCACCUAUAAAAGACAUGACGUCACUCUUAGUAUCGACCUGUCAGUUAGAUGAUGUCGUACAACGUUUUUGGGAGACCGAAGAACCUCCAUCAGUUCGUAUAAAGAUACCAGAAUAUGACAUAUGUGAACAACAGUAUAAGAAAUGUACCUAUCGAGAUACUAACGGUCGAUAUAUUGUGCCUAUAAUGUUAAAAGAGAAUUACUCUGAUUUAGGUAGUUCAAGUGAGCUUGCCUUAAACCGCUUUCUGAACUUAGAGAAACGUCUGUCACGUGAAUCGCAUUUAAAGUCCGAAUAUGUGGACUUCAUGCGCCAAUACGAAGAAAUGGGUCACAUGGUGCAACACAAAAAUGCAUCCUCUAAUAAUACGUAUCUCAUUCCUCACCACUGUGUGCUCAAACCAGAGAGCACAACUACUCGUUUACGUGUUGUAUUCGAUGCUAGUUGUCCUACGACAAACCGUAGAUCUUUAAAUGAUAUUGUCCAUGUAGGUCCGAAACUCCAAAUCGAUAUUGUCGACUUGAUUACUAAAUUUCGCCUGCACGUGGUUGUAUUUACUGCAGAUAUAUGUAAAAUGUAUCGACAGAUACUCAUUCGACCUGAAGAUAGGUCAUACCAACACAUAUUCUGGCGCAAAGAUCCUAACGACCCACUUAAAGAAUAUGAGUUGAAUACGGUGACGUAUGGUGUUAGUAGUUCACCUUAUCUGGCAAUAAGAACAUUGCGUCAAUUAGCUGAGGAUUAUGAGUCUCAGUUUCCUCUCGCUGCCCAAGUAGUGCGAGAAGAUACCUUCAUGGAUGACAUUACUACAGGAGCUGUCUCUAUAGAAGCUGCUAAAUUAUUAAAAGAUGAGCUAGUGGCUCUAUUGCAGCUAGGCAAAUUCGAACUGCGAAAAUGGAGCAGUAAUCAUUCAGAAGUCCUUUCUAACAUUCCAUUCGAGCAUUUACAAUCGACUAAAUUGUUCACUGAACCUAGUAGUGAACAUACAUUAAAAAUUUUAGGUAUUAAGUGGGAUCCGCUGACUGAUCAAUUUUCCUAUUCCUUUUCUAACGAUUUCAAGCUAGAGUACACAAAAAGAUCAAUCUUAUCAAUAAUAGCCAGAAUUUUUGAUCCACUUGGUUGGAUUUCUCCAGUUGUAUUUUGCGCAAAACUGUUGCUACAAGAGAUGUGGCGCUUAAAAUUAGCUUGGGAUGAACCAAUCCCACCUAAUCUUGCCAAGCAGUGGCACAUUCUUGCUGCAAAUUUAUCAGAUUUACGAUCAAUUAAGCUAUCACGUCUAGUACUUCCUUCUGGUCCAUCGGAGAUACAUCUUGUAGGAUUUUGUGAUGGUAGUUCCAAGGGCUACGGAUGUUGUGUGUAUUUAUGUGUAGUGACUCUGCAAGGUACCACAACUAAUUUACUUAUAGGGAAAUCUAAAGUCGCCCCCUUGAAACCCUUAACGACUAACAGGCUGGAGCUAUGCGCUGCUGUUUUGUUAGCACGAGUGUUAAAUCAUAUGUAUGAGCUAUUAAAAUCGAAAUUAAAUAUAAAAUCAGUUAGAGCAUUUACGGACAGCAGUACUGUCUUGUCUUGGCUGCGAACGGCACCUCAUCUUCUUAAAACUUUCGUAGCAAACAGAGUCGUCCAAAUUACUGAUUUGAUCAGUUCAGAAUUGUGGUUCCACGUUUCGACACAUGAUAACCUGGCAGAUUGUUGUAGCAGAGGUACCACAUGUGAUGUUCUCACUACUCACAAACUGUGGUGGACCGGUCCUCCUUGGCUCCAUCAAACACCUCUCAAUUGGCCUGUUCAAAAUGUGUUUAUACCAGAGCAAGAGUUACCGGAAUUAAAACCACUAGCAUCCGAUUGUUUUAUUAGUUCAAAUCGUCAUUUGAAUGAAAUGUAUAAAAUGUUUUUCGAAAAUCGUUCUGAUAUUGCUGAUGGCCUCGCUGUUAGACAUAUCAGCUGGGAGUUUAAUCCACCAAGCGCCCCUCAUUUCGGCGGGAUUUUCGAAAGUGGAAUUAAAUCUACAAAGUACCACUUAAAACGGAUAGCAGGCGCGCAGGUUUUGACAUUAGAAGAAAUGAUAACUAUAGUCACAAAAAUUGAAGCCAUUUUAAAUUCUAGACCUCUGUGUGCUCUUUCUUCUGACCCUGAUGAGGUUAAUGUGCUUACACCAGCUCACUUCCUCGUAGGUGGACCUCUAAUUGGUCUACCUGAAGUUCCACUAGAAGACAGCAAUGUAUGUGUACGCUCUCGUUGGCAAAUGCUUAAAAAAAUUACACAAGUGUUCUGGCGCACCUGGCAACGAGAUUAUUUACAUACACUCCAACAAAGAAAUAAAUGGUUAGAAAACCGAGGGAGUGUUAAUGUUAACGACUUAGUGAUUUUAGUUGAAUCAAAUUUGCCAACUUUAUCAUGGAAAUUGGCUAGAAUAGUGCAGGUGCAUCCAGGCCCUGAUAAUAUAGUUCGCGUAGUAUCAGUAAAAACUGCUAGCGGCAGUGUUUUUCGACGUCCUGUCGUAAAAAUUUGUCCUUUACCAAUGUAA